AUGAGUUCUGACGACGAAGAUUUCAACGAUAUCUAUGGUGACGACGAGCAAGUGGCGUCCACCACGGAGACCGCCAAGGAGCAACCCAAGGCGGAGGAACCCACCACUUCUGAGAAUGCCUCCAAACCAGCAGAGGAGAACAACCCGGCUCCUGCACCAGCUGCCAACACGUCCAGCUCACUGGAUCAACUGGCCGCUUUGCAAGCAUUGUCCUCCAACAUAACCCAGAUCAGCAAAGAAAGCGGGGACUCCAAGGACACCAAACCUGAGAGCAACACCUCUGGUUCAUCUACCAACCAGACCGCACCUGGUGCUGGGUUACCAUGGGAACAGCUACAGCAGAGCAUGUCCCAGUUCCAACAGGGUACAUCCAACCAAUCGUCUACGUCUAAUGCUCCAGUUCCCGGUCCCGCAGAAAGCAAUCUGGAUGCAAACGGUCAUGUGAAGGCUGACAUCUCAAAGGAUAACUGUAAGAUGUUCAUCGGUGGAUUAAAUUGGGAGACCACAGAAGACGGCCUACGGGAGUACUUCAACAAGUACGGGCAUGUCAUAGACUUGAAGAUCAUGAAGGACCCAAAUUCUGGGAGAUCCAGAGGUUUCGGUUUCUUGACGUUUGAGGAACCAUCGUCCGUGGACGAGGUCGUUAAGACCCAACAUAUCUUGGACGGUAAAGUGAUCGACCCAAAGAGAUCCAUCCCAAGAGAGGAGCAAGAUAAGACGGGUAAGAUUUUUGUUGGUGGUAUUGGCGCUGAUGUGAGACCAAAGGAAUUUGAAGAGUUCUUCUCCCAAUACGGUACCAUUAUCGACGCACAGCUGAUGUUGGACAAGGACACCGGUAGAUCUCGUGGGUUCGGAUUUGUCACAUACGACUCGCCAGAGGCCGUGGACAGAGUCUGCCAAAAUAAGUACAUCGACUUCAAGGGGAAACAGAUUGAAAUUAAGAGAGCCGAGCCAAGACACAUGCAAAAAGGCCAGUACGGUGGUGCCAAUCCAAACAACCGUGGGAGUACCUCCGGGAGCGCCCCUGUGACCGGUGCUAAUAUGACACAGAUGUUCCAAAACCCAAUGAUGGCUUUCAAUCCAAUGAUGGGCGGCGGGUUCAAUCCUCAAGCUAUGCAAGAAUACUAUACAAAGAUGCAAGAGUACUACCAGCAGAUGCAGCAACAAACCGGCAUGGACUACACCCAGAUGUACCAGCAGCAAAUGCAGCAAAUGGCCAUGAUGAUGCCCGGUUUCACCAUGCCCCAAGCGCCUGGUGGAUCCCCAUUAGAUGGCCACGGGUCUAUGUCGCCACCACAACAGGGGGCUGGAAGCCCCAACGGUGGUGACGGUGGCAACAAUGGGGUUCAAACCAUUGGUGAAGACGGUUCUUCCGAUCAAAGGAGCAAUUCCGGUGACGGCACCCCGGAGGUGAAUUUGCCAAGAGGCCCUAGAGACCCUUCAAACGUCCCCCCAUCCCAACGCGGUGGUAAUUCCAACCGUGAACGUGGAGAGAGAAACGAUAGAGACAGGGGGAAUCGCUACCGCAGCGGGUACCGUAAUGGAUCCUCUGGUGGUGGCCGCCGGAGAGGGGCCAGGGGGGGUGACAACAGUUACAGUAGACGUAACAACAGCGGAUACCAUCCGUACAACAGGUAG